GAUGCCAACAGAUAUUGUUAUAAACGUGGGCUUAAAGAUGAAGGCAUUAACAAAUCAUCGUCAGACAGAUACGUAACAACGAAACCACCAGUGAAAAUGCGCAAUGAGGUAGAAGCAAGAGUUCAUUUCAGUGGUGGAGCAACCUUUUCAGAGGAAGGUAACCAAUAUACCUCCGAGUUUAAAGCUGCCGAAGCCUACCAAUAUGCAUAUGGCUUUUAUGAUGAUACAGCCAAUGAAGAUGAUAAGAGCAAACGAACACAGAUAUACAGCCUGAGAUCACCUACGCCGCCAUUGCUCCCACCCCGUGGGACUACAGGGACAAGGCCGGAUCUGGUGUCCAAUACCUUUCCAGAUGACGAUGAUGAAAUUUAUGAAGGGUUCGACUAUGUGCAAGUUGUAAAAGAAUACGAUCCGAAAUAUAGCGGCCAGCACUCCUUGAAAGUCGGAGAUGUGUAUCGCAUUCAAAACCCUCUACUAGAUGGAGAUGACGACGGCUUCUAUCGUUCGAUUGAGGGCAAGUUAAUUCCAAAAGACAAUGUGAAAAUCUUUCAAAAGAAACCAAUACCAACGCCGAAAAAGAGGACUAUUUUCCCUCAUGAAGAUACCGGUUACACACAAAUUCCCAAACCCGAUAAACAGUUGCCUCCAUCAGAAAAAUCACAACAAAACGAUACUGGUAAAACGUCCGACAGGGAACUGCUGAUGAAUCUAUUAGAAGCGAAUAGGAAGAUAUUGGAAUCCCAAGAUGAGAUCAAGUCUUCACUUGCAGAACAUCAGAAAAUACUGAAUGUGGUGUGUGAAACACCUGUUUACCAGGAGUAUUACAAUUCAACACAGACAGGGGGAUGUCAGCUACCGCAAACAGAAGAUGUCUACGAAAUGUGCAAAGACGAAAACGAUGAACUGUAUUCACAAGCUGAACCAGAUGUUCCAGCCCUCGAUGACGGCGGAGAGGAAUCCGAUCAUUAUGUCGAAGCAGACGCAGAUGGAAACUUGACCAUCAAGACAAUGAGUAAUUUCAAAAACAUCAGGCUAUAAAGUGGACAUUUUCAAAACGAAGAGUGUUUGACGCGAACAUCGCGAAUUAUUAGGAAUUUUAGUAUGUUUGUCAUAUUUUACCAGUUCAAUUAUUUAAUAACUAUACUUAUAAGGUAUUUUGACUUCUGAUUUUACUCCUAAUUUUGAAUCCUGAUUAACUCCUGAAAUUUGUCCGCUGAUACAGUAGUCCGUGCUUUACGAUUUGUUAUUGUCUGCUGCAGAAUAUAUAGAUAUGCCAUAGCAAUAAUGUGUCAGAGUUUUCAGCAGUAAGGCCUCUUUUGGGAUUUCAUAAUAUUUAGAAACUGUCUAUUAGUUAA